UUAAACUUAUCUGACAAACAAAUAGUUCCAAGGUUGAAGGGAUUGUGUAAACAGUUUUCAAUUUUUUCAUGAGAUAGUGAGUUCGAGUUAUGGCUGAUAAGCUACAUGAGUAUCAAGGAGUGACGGGCCGGCUCCACGGGGUCAGGGACAAGUGUAAAGAAAAGUGGUCACAAUGGAAGGAGGAACACCCCAAAGGAGUGAAGGAGACUUUUAAGGAUUCGCUGUUUGGGAUACCGCAUUCUGAAGGCCCGGGGAGAGUGUGGCAGGAAAGCGUGUAUAGUGAUAUAUUCAGAAGAAAAAGUCGUAUCGAGCUGAUGAGGAUAUCAGCAGCCGUGAUGGGCAUCGAGUUCUCAUACGCCGGCGAGACAGCCUUCGUGUCCCCGACUCUUCUCCAGAUCGGGGUGCCCCACCAACAGAUGACGCUGGUGUGGGCCCUGUCCCCACUCGUGGGCUUCUUCAUGACCCCACUGCUGGGCUCCAUCAGCGACCGGUGUCGCUCGCAGUACGGGAGGAGAAGGCCGUUCAUUGUUAUGAUGUCUAUUGGCGUUUUAUUAGGGUUAAUACUAGUGCCAAACGGCGAAGCCAUAGGAUACGCGCUCGGCGACGAGAGGCCAGCCAACCGCACGGAGGCACCCUCUGUGCUCGGCCCGAGGAGUUCCAUCCUGGACUCCACAGAUACCAACUAUCACCCCUGGGGCGUGCUGUUUACAGUACUUGGGACUGUCUUCUUGGACUUCGACGCGGACGCUUGCCAAAGCCCCGCGAGGGCUUACUUGCUGGAUGUGACUGUGCCAGAGGACCACGCAAAAGGCCUCAGCACAUUCACCAUAAUGGCCGGCUUAGGGGGCUUCAUGGGCUACGCGCUCGGCGGCAUUAACUGGGACGAAACGAGAUUAGGGGAGCUAUUCGGAGGCCACGUGAGGGCCGUGUUCUCGCUGAUCACCGUGAUCUUCGUGGCGUGCGUGACAGCCACCGUCACCAGCUUCAAGGAGAUCCCUCUCGGAGAACUGCAGGAGCAGGAGGAGUUCAGAAAACUGGCUGAGACGGAGAGAGUGCAGGAGAGCUUUGACGCUGGAGACAGUGAAAUGCCCGAGAAGAGCUUAAAGCGAGACAACACUACGUAUGGCUCUUUAAACCAACCGGCUGAGGGAGAUACACAGAAUGAUCCAAGUAUCAACGUACCCGAAAGCAGUCACGGCGAGCACUUGUCCCUGGGACACUACCUUCGCUCCAUCGUAGUGAUGCCGCCCUCUCUACGCGUGGUGUGCCUCACAAACUUGUUCUGCUGGAUGGCACAUGUCUGCUACUCACUGUACUUCACUGACUUUGUUGGGGAGGCGGUGUUCGGUGGAAACCCUGCUGCGCCGGUCGGCUCAGAAAGCCGUAUUCAGUAUGAAGCUGGAGUCCGCUUCGGGUGUUGGGGCAUGGCGAUGUAUUCUCUCUCAUGCGCCUGCUAUUCCACCAUCAUCGAGAAACUCAUCAAGAGACUGGGGGCUAAGAAAGUGUACGUUGGCGGGCUAUGCACGUAUAGCUGCGGUAUGUUCAUGCUGUGUGCGAUCAGAGCGCGCGCAGCCGUCAUACUGUUCAGCUGGACGGCCGGCGUCAUGUACUCCACGCUGUUUACGAUGCCAUAUCUACUGGUCGCGCAUUAUCACGCCACAGGCACGUGGGAUAAUGCCGGCGGCGGCAGCGGCGACGCUCGCGGUCUGGGCACAGACGUGGCCGUGGUGAGCAGCUGUGUAUUCGUGGCGCAACUGCUGGUGUCAGUGCUGAUGGGGCUGGCCGUCAGCGCCUCCGGCUCAACGGCAGCUGUAGUCGCCGUCGCCGCCGCGCUGGCUGCGGCUGCCGCCUUCACUGCAACAAAGAUUACUUAUUUAGACCUUUAAGUUUAAUGCAUACUUGCAGAAGCAAAGCUUACGGUCUAGGCAAGAACGUGGCAGUGGUCACUGCCACCAAGAUCACUUAGACCUGAAAGAAAAACGCAUAAACGUCAAAGCCCUCCUUCACAUGGUUGUCGGCUGGGCAGUUAUUGAAUUUUAUAGGCAAUAUGGCGCUCGAUUGGCAUUUGCCCUUAUUUGAAGGGAUAUAGCCUAUACCAACUGUAGACCGGAGUGGCGUCUUAGAUUGUGGGAGGGUAUGGUAAAGCAUGACGAGCUUUGGUGGGACCAACUCAAGCAAAAGCGUCUCUGUAGAGCUGCUGGACCACUCCAGGAGUCAAGGCACAUUUAAUUGUGAUCGAUGCGGCAGAAAAUGCCGAUCCGCCAUUGGCUUGUACAGCCAUCACAACCGAUGUAGGCUGUAGACUGCCUACUCAGAAUACCUACCUCUUACUUAGUCGCUGCAAGUGCUGCAACUAUCAUCUGGAAAGACGCUGUGGCCAAUGAAGAGCCUAUCAUUGCUUGUUCAUUGGCGAAGGGUUAUUUUACGAGAAUGUUGAUUGGUGGAAAUGUCUUAAGUAAGGAGCUACGCAAAAUAUAAAGUACCCUAUUCCACGUGCCAAGUAGGUAAAAUCAAAA